AUGUCGCUCUUCGGAACCUCCCCCACCGAAGGGCAUAACGAGCCAUCCACGCCGAGCCGCCAGACUCCCAGAUCGCGACGCGGCGGCAGCGGACUAUUUGACGAUUCUCCCUCCCACAAAGCUUCGUCCAACAGUCUGUUUGAGGAUGGCAACGACGACGCGGACGAUUCCUCCCCAUGGAACAUGCCCACGCCGCGGAAGCAGCAGAGUCGCGCCGACAUGAUACGGAACUUGUUGCCCGCCUCGGAUGUCCCCGACAGCUAUAUCGAGACGUUUGAUUUUCUCGUACGCGAUGAAGGCAGCUCUGGUCGCGCAACGGCUGCUGGAAUCGCCAAGCUGUUUGCCAAUGCUCGUCUUGGUCCCGAGGCUCAGACCCGCAUCAUGUCUCUUGUUGCGCCGGGGGAUGGCUCCGAUGUGUCGCUUGGGCGGAACGAGAUUAAUGUGUUGCUGGCGUUGGUGGGCUUGGCUCAGGAAGGUGAUAUUAUCAGUUUGGACAGUGUGGAUGAGAGACGACGAAACCUCCCGCAACCCAAGCUCCCCGGUCUCACCGCCGAGCCAGUACUACCACCUGUUGCCGAGCUCGCCGCGAAGCCGCCCCAAACGCCGAACGAGAGCCAAGUCCAAGCUGAGGUCCAGGCACAGCAGGACCAAGAGGGUGAAGCGAGUCGACAAAGUCAGGCACCCGCACCGGUGCAUACACCACAGCAACCCAAGGCGUUUCGCCCAACUAUGGAUGACCCCGAAGACGACCCUUGGAACACUCCCGACGUUCACAAAGGUCACGACCACUCCAAGCUGAAUGGUAGCAGCAACCAUGCCGUUACGAACGGGCAAUCGACCUUCCAUCCUUCGCCAGCCACAAACAUUGGAAACCAGAGCCUGAGUCAAUACGCAUCCGGAGACACAAUAUCGGCUUCUGCGCAUGGCAGCAGACCAGGGAGUGAUGCUAUUCAAGGCCAGGGUGAAUGGGGCUUCUACGGUAGCUCCAAUGCCUCGGGCGGCGGUGGAGGCUUCAACGAGAAUUCUCACAACAUCACGCCGAGCGCAUCGAAUACAGCAAAUCCCUUUGGAGGAGACGGCGGUGGCAUCGACCGCUCCCCCGGACGUGAUCCUCCGGCCACCACUGUUCGAACCACAAGCGGCCGGACGGGCUCCAGCGUCGAGGAGAAUGUAAUUGUCACGCUGAUGCCCGGCAAGGAGGGCAUGUUCAUGUUCCAGCAUCACAAUUACGAAGUUUCGAGCCAACGGCGUGGAAGCAAAGUCGUCCGCCGGUACAGCGAUUUCGUCUGGCUUCUAGACUGUCUACACAAGAGGUAUCCUUUCAGGGUGCUGCCUCUCUUGCCCCCCAAGAGAGUUGCUGUGAAUGGCAACCACUUAUCCAACGACGGUGCCUUUAUAGAGAAACGGCGGCGAGGAUUAGCUAGGUUCUUGAAUGCUCUAGUCCGACAUCCAGUUCUCGGCCAGGAACAACUAGUGGUUAUGUUCCUCACUGUUCCCACGGAACUGGCUGUAUGGCGGAAACAGGCCACCAUCUCUGUGCAAGACGAAUUUACUGACCGUGCCUUACCGCCUGGGCUUGAGGACUCCCUCCCGCCUACUCUUGAAGAGCUAUUCAGCCGUACGAGGUCUGGUGUCCGCCGUUCUGCUGAGCUGUACAUCAAUGUUUCCAACAUUAUGGACCGGCUUGUGAAGAGAACCGAGGGAGUAGCAGCGGAUCACGCUCGUGUCGCGAUGUCGCUCACUUCGCUUACGGAAACGUCGGCGGACACCUACGCCACAGACACAAACGAGAUUCCAUUGCUCAACGACGGGCUGACAGCAAUGAGCAAACACCUGCGGACUUGCCAGACUCUGCUGGAGGACGAAAGCCGCGGCUGGGAUGAAGGCGUGCUGGAGGAUCUCAAGCGCCAGCGAGAUUCUCUCGUCAGCGUUCGCGAGCUGUUUGACCGACGGGAGAAGCUCGACAAGGACAACAUCCCGUACCUGGAGAGAAGGAUCCAGACCAACGAGACCAAGUUGGCUGGUUUGCGAUCCAAGCCAGAGGGUAUGGUGAAGCCCGGCGAGAUUGAGAAGGUAGCAGAGGCAAUCAUCAAGGACAAGGAAUCUAUCGUCCAGCAACAUAAUCGGUCUAUUUUUGUCAAGGAAUGUAUCCGCGAUGAACUCAUCACCUUCCAGUCCACGCAGUACCACGUCAGUCGCUGGAAUCAGGACUGGGCAGGCGAGCGAGUCAAGUAUGCGGAGAUGCUGGCGGACAACUGGCGCCGUCUGCUGGAUGAACUGGAGGGCAUGCCGCUCGGCGACUAG